AUGUCCGUGCCCGACGAGGUGAAAGCGACGGUGCAAACCGUCCUCGACCUCUGCACCACCGCCUUCCACUACGGCUACGUACCCUUCGUGCUGUGGUGCGGAUGGAAGCUGGGACCCGACAAGGGGUGCGAGCCCUUCCAUUUGACCCACCUGCUAUGGCAUUACUGA